AUGAUUCUUGGUUCAUUUUCUGAACCUCCAACAUAUGUUAUACAUUUUCUUGAUUCACAUUUAACAUUUUUACAAAGUUUUCAAAUUUGUUCAUUAUUUGGUCGUGUUCGUAUUCAUGGAUAUACUCUUCCUCCAUUAAAAUUUUAUUCAGUCUAUAAUUAUAGUACCAACAGUCCACUUGCAAUUGAAUUUAUUAAUUCAAAAACAACAAUUUCAUUGUCAGAUAUAAAAUCUCUUAUUAGUGAUGUUCAAUUAGCUGGCAAUGCUCUUUUUAAUGUUGAAAAAAAAGGUGGUGAUAUACUUUUAAUACGACAAGAACCAAAUAAUGAAUCAUUAUUUAUUAAAAUAAUGCGAGAACAUCGAUCUUAUAAAAAUUGGUUUUUAGAAAGUUAUAAUUUAUUUGAACAAGAUAAAUGGAAACAAUUAGAACAAAAUCUUUAUAUUCGUUUAAUUGAAACAACCGAUAAAACUUCUAUUAUUCCUCGUCAAGAAUUUGUUUCAACUGCUGAUCAUAUUAUUAAUCGAUGGUUAAAUGAAACUGUAGAAGAUUUUCCAUUUGUAGUUUUAGUUUGUGGUGAAAAAGAUAUGGGCAAAUCAACAUUUAUUCGUUAUCUUACUAAUCGUGCUCUUGAUCAUAUCAAUUCAAAAUAUAAUUUAACUUAUUUUGAUUGUGAUAUAGGUCAAUGUGAAUUUAGUAUAGGUGGAUGUUUAUCUUAUGUUAAUCUUGAUUCACCAUUAUUAGGUCCACCUUGUUCUCAUAUAAAAUCAAAUUCAAAACCUGAUCGUCUUCUUUAUUAUGGUCUUGUUUCACCACAAACAUCACCUGUACGUUAUUUACAAUAUGUUAAUAAAUUAAGACAAUUGUGGAAUAUAGAUCAAAAGAAUGAAAAUCAAAAACGAUCUAUGAUUUUAAUCAAUACAAUGGGCUGGGGAACCGGUAAAUACAUAAUAGAAUGA